AAACAGAACAAGAUGCAAUUUUCUCACAUAUCUUAGUGAUCGACUGAACUCAUUCGGUUAGUAUACUAUGGCAAAUAAUAACGUCAAAUUCCACGGCCUCUUGCAGCGGCCUUAUGAGCCCAUGUUCCUUCCCAAAUCGGGGGGACAAGUGUACUUCGAUUUACCGAAUAACUAUUUCACCGAUCGAUAUCGCCCUUUGGGCCAAACGCUGCAAAACCGCUUCGGUUCAAAUGUGCAAACUCGAAUUCCUCUACCGAAUAUCGCGGCUCCUGAUAUUAGCUUCGCGCAAUCCAUUCCCCGGCGAGGAGGUUUUUCGACAUUCAAUGAAAUGCACCGACGUGUUGCAGGGCAAUUGAUAGAGCUUUUCUUGAACCAAAGUGAUCCGGAUAACUUGUGUGCAGUGGCUGCAUAUUGCCGAGAUCGGGUGAAUGGACCAAUGUUCCAAUAUGCUCUAUCGGUGGCGUUACAACAUCGACAAGAUACGGCAAAUGUUCCGAUACCAAGCUUCUUGGAAAUGUUUCCAGAUCGGUUUAUAGAUCCAGCUGUUUUCCCACAAAUGCAAGAAGAAGGUAGAGUUGUUAGCCAAGGUGACAGGAUGGCCAUUGAUAUACCGAUGAACUACACAGCUUCUGAAAGAGAGUUGGAACAGAGAAUGGCUUAUUGGCGAGAAGAUAUCGGUGUUAAUCUACAUCACUGGCACUGGCAUUUGGUAUAUCCAGCUACUGGUCCUGACAGGGUUGUACGAAAAGAUCGCAGAGGAGAACUUUUCUAUUACAUGCAUCGACAGAUCGUAGCACGUUACAAUACGGAACGAUUCGCAAAUCAGCUGCCUCGCGUGCUCACAUUUGCUCAUUUACGUGAACAAAUUCAGGAGGCCUAUUUUCCAAAAAUAAUUCGAAGUUCCAAUAAUCGCACUUUUCCAGGGCGAGGUCGUAAUCAAACCUUGAAUGAUUUGAAUCGCGUCGAAGACCAAGUAAUUGUAUCAAUCAGCGACAUGGAAACAUGGACUGGAAGAAUAUUCGAAGCAAUCGAUAAUGGCUUUGCUAACGCGGCCAACGGCACACGAAUGCCAUUAGACAAUCAAACAGGAAUUGACGUUCUCGGAAACAUGAUAGAAAAUUCUACGCUCACUGUUAAUGUCAAUUAUUACGGAAGACUACACAACGAAGGUCACAAUAUGCUCGGUUAUAUUCACGAUCCGGAUAAUUCUUUUCUAGAAGGGUUCGGAGUGAUGGCUGACAAUACGACGGCUAUGCGUGAUCCAGUAUUCUAUCGUUGGCAUCAACAUAUUGAUGAUAUUUUCGAACGUCAUAAACGUCGGUUUAAGCCGUACAAUAGAGAUGAGUUAUCAAACUCAGAUAUUGAAAUCGAAUCAAUUAGCGCCCAACUAAAUCGCGCUGGCACGAAAAGCAAUAUUUUGCUAACUUUUUGGCAAAGAUCGCAAGUCGACCUUGGUACAGGAUUAGAUUUCGGACCAGAUGGUAAUGCUUUUGCCACUUUCACACAUAUUCAGCAUGCUCCAUUUACCUAUAGAAUCAAAGUCAAAAACGAUAGCAAUAUUAACAAACGCGGAACUGUCAGAAUUUUCAUCGCACCAGUAACUAACGAAAGUGGUCAGAAUAUUCCAUUCCGUGAACAACGUCGUUUAAUGAUUGAACUUGACAACUUUGCGGUAAACAUGAAUCCAGGUGAAAAUAAUAUCGUACGCCGAUCCGAUCAAUCCAGUGUGACAAUUCCGUAUGAACGCACAUUCCGCAACGUUGCUGCAUCGAAUAUACCGAGCAACGAUCAAUUCAGGUUCUGCAACUGUGGGUGGCCCUCGCAUAUGCUGUUACCCAAAGGAACUCCCCAAGGGGCGAUGUACGAUCUAUUUGUGAUGAUUUCAAACUAUAACGAUGAUGUGGUCAACCAGGGUUUUGAUGAGAAUGCGCCAUGCAACGAUUCGCACUCCUAUUGUGGCCUCCGUGAUAUGUUGUAUCCUGAUGCACGCAACAUGGGCUUUCCAUUUGAUCGCACGGUUGCAUCAUCGAUAUCGAGUUUGAAGGAUUUCAUGCGACCAUACAAAAACAUGGCUACAACACCUGUCCAAAUUCGUUUCACGAACACGGUUAUCUCAAGAGUUUGAAAAUGCUUUCUUACUCAGUUCUUGAUAAUAAUCUGCAAUAAAUAUAGUAUCCAAGAUUGCACUAUGUUUCUUAGUCAAA